GUUACCUCUCACUCCUUUACAUCUUCACUUCACUCACAUACACACUCAUCAUGCUCAGAGGUGUUCAAUCAGCACGUGUAGUCAGCAAGACGGUCAAGACCGUCGGAUUGAAUCAAAAAAGGAGUUUGUCUAUACAUGAAUACCAAUCUGUUCAAUUGCUUAAUUCUUAUGGUAUUCCCACACCUCAGGCUAAACCUGCUUUUUCGGCGGAAGAGGCGGAAUCUGUUGCUAAAUCAUUUGGAAAAGAUCAACUCGUGAUCAAGGCUCAAGUUUUAGCUGGAGGAAGAGGAAAAGGACAUUUCGAUUCUGGUUUCCAAGGUGGUGUUCAAAUGGUUGAUUCUCCCGCUCAGGCCAAAGACUACGCCUCAAAAAUGCUCGGACAUAAACUCAUCACCAAACAAACAGGUGCAGCCGGAAGGAUCUGCAACGCCGUCAUGCUAGCCGAACGUAUGCCUCCUCAAAAAGAAUACUACGCUGCGGUUUUGAACGAUCGUGCUCGUGGUGCUCCCGUCCUUGUCACUUCCAGUCAAGGAGGUAUGAACAUUGAAGAUGUCGCACAUGAUACUCCAGAGGCUAUCAUCACCACUACGCUUGAUUUCGAAAAGGGGAUUUCGCAUGCUGAGGCUGUGGAUUUGGCUAAAAAGCUUGGAUUCCAAGAAAAUGCUCAGGAGAACGCCGCGACUGUUUUUGGGAAACUUUAUCAAAUCUUCAAAGAGAAAGAUGCGACUCAAAUUGAGAUUAACCCUUUGGCAGAAUUGAGUGAUGGACAGGUGUUGUGUAUGGACGCGAAAUUCGGGUUUGACGAUAAUGCCGAUUUUAGACAAAAAGACGUUUUCAAACUGCGUGAUACGACACAAGAAGAUCCUCAGGAGGUGGAAGCUGCCGAGUACGGUCUCAACUUUAUCAAAUUGGACGGAAAUGUCGGAUGUCUCGUCAAUGGUGCUGGACUCGCCAUGGCUACCAUGGAUGUUUUGAACCUCCACGGAGGAUCACCUGCCAAUUUUUUGGACGUGGGAGGUGGAGCCACCGCGGACGCUGUGAAGAAAGCAUUCGAGCUUCUGUUGACUUCUUCGAGUGUCAAGUCUAUCUUUGUCAACAUUUUUGGUGGGAUCAUGCGUUGCGACGUUAUAGCUGAGGGUAUCAUCAAAGCUACUAAAGAACUCCAACUGAAUAUCCCUCUCAUCGUCAGGUUGCAAGGUACCAAAGAGGCAGAGGCGAAGAAAAUGAUCAACGAAUCAGGUUUGAAGAUAUACCCUUUUGAUGGAUUGGACGAAGCAGCUGCAAAAGCUGUAGAACUGGCGAAAUGAUGUCUCAACAUUACAGACACUUCAAUUGCUUGAAGAUCGACUCGAUGUCACAUGCAUAGAUGUACAACAUUG